CGGCGGACAUUCCCGAACGUCCCUCCUAUAGAAACCCGGAAGUGGACUGGGGCUUUCCCAGAAAUUCGUGCCCUGAAAUAUUUUCACGUCUUUGAGAAGUGUACCUUGGCAAUCGUGGGCUGUGACAGCUCCUCCUGCGAGCAUUAGUCGGCUCAGUGGGCUGUCAGUGACUCAACAGGGCACAAUCUGUAAUCACUUUCACUACAUCCUCUGAUGGCAACAAUCACACAUGCUCAUGCUAAACAUCCACCAAGACAGCAGGAGAAUGUUGUACCUGGACACAGCAUGAACGGGGCCAGUGAUGAUCACCUACCUUCAUACCUUCCAGAAGAUGAACUGGACGCCUUCCAGGAAACCAUUCCUUCCAACAGCCAAGAACAUUUACUUCAUCUAGCUAAUCCAGAACAUUUCACUUCAUCAGAAGAUUACGGAGAUCUGUAUAGAAGCAGUAGCAACAGCAGCAACAAAAAAGUGCUUCAACCUGGGUCCUUGAGUAGCAGAUAUCCCAGUUCCCUUCCAGAGUCAGAUGAAGACACAGAAAGACUGGAUAUCAAUCACCAAUCACACCUAUCUGGAAAUGCCAAACUCCAUGCCAGAAGUGGAAGACAUCCCUCAGUUAAAACUGAAAACAGGAAACCAUUGAAUGGAGUAAAGAAAUCUUACAUGAAACAGGUAACCCAAGGAGAUGACAGAAAUAGUAAUUUAUACUCUGGACUAGGCAGCUUGUCUUCAUGUCUUUCUAACAGCAUUGAAGAUAAAGUCCAUGUUUCAGUCCAGAAAACAGCAACAGCUCCUGUCCUUGAAGAAGUACCACUGAGCUCUCAUAGGGGUUCAAGUAUUCCUGAAUCUGUAGGAAGGAUAAGCCUUACCCAGCAAACACUGUCAGGUGAUUCAGUCGACUCUUGUCAGUCAGCCAAGACUGCUUUUGCACAAGAACUUGGAGAAGCAUCAAGGGAGAAAAGUCUGACAAAGGCAAACUCUAAAAACUCUCACAAAGAUCAGCUUGCUUUGUCUGUCAAGGAAUGUCCAGAAGGAGUGACUGAGGCCUUGAGGAACAGUCCAAUACGUUCAGAAGGUGCUGCAAAAAGUUCUCCAUGGCAGCAAGAUCAGAUGCCAAAUAAUACUGGACAGCAAACCCCCAUGCAGACCCACACAAACACUCCCCCCACAGACAUCCCUGUGACAUCCUUGCCCACAGAUAGCAGCAGCAGUGCAGAGAUUUCUGAAAGUUUGUCAGGAAGCCUAGGGCAAAGCCUUGGCCCCACAAGUGGUUGGUCUGUCCACUUACCUGGAAAUGGCAUGCGCAUGGAAGUCCCGAAAUCAAAGUCCUCUUAUAGUACAGGUGUGAAAGAAGAGGAAAAAUCUCAACAAGAUAGAAGCAUGUUACGAUCCUUAUUUUCAAGUCAAGUCACAAGUCAUCUCAGUGAGGAAGAACUGGUCAAUGAGGCUAAGAUGACAGCACUAAUUCGAAUUGUUCAGGAAAAGCCUAUAUACCUUGACUCACAUCCAGAUUCACUGUUGAGCCAGCUUUCAGAUUUAAUCUUUCAAAAUCAAGAAAAUGAACCAGCAAGCGGAAAUAGUUUUGCGCCACUGAGCUUAAGGUCUAUGGUCAGCCAAAGUCUGGGCACAAUUGAAGACAUGCUUUCAAUUACCAGUUCAAUAGCAGAAAAUCAGCCAGGAGCCAUGGCCCCAUCAAGAAAUCAGUCCCAGGGACAAAAUCCAUCCGGCCAAUCAAGACAUUAUAUGACCAAUGAUCUGCUAUCAACCAUCUUCAUCAGCCAACCAGGGGCAGCAGCUGCCCGAACCAAUGAACAGAAUGAAUUGUUGACAACCCUCCAAUCUGCAACUGCUAGGCUGUCAUUGGUGCAGGAGAAAAUUCAAUCAGAUAAAGUUGGAGAGGUGAUGAAGAAUGGACAAGAAUCGCAGCAGCAUCGCCAUGCCAGGAUAAUGGACAUUUUGGAGCGGCUGUGCCCUGAGUCCUUGAAGCAGGUGUUGGUCAGUGCAGCGUAUUGCUAUGGAAAGUGUAAAGAGCCAAACUGCAUGCUGGCACAUGAGGUGUUGUCAUACCUGGUGGAGUGUGUGAAGGAGGGGACAGUACUGAGGUGCCGAGGCUGCUGUGCUGUCCUGUCUCAUCUACUCCAUCACCACGUUCCCAGGUGCACUGAGAGGAGGUGUCUUGUUCCUUACUGUGUCCAUCUGCAAACAGGAACUCCAUCAUCAGUGCAAGAAGCUGUAAGGAGGAUCAAUGCAGAGAUAGGCACAGUGGGCCUGUAUCCUGAGAUAGUGGUGCGGACAUCAGAUCCCAGCUUUCAAGGGCUGGCCAUGGCCCACCCCUGGUGUUGAAAAGCUGGAACCUGUGCUACCAUUGGGGGCCUUUGGCAGAAACAUUCUGGCUAUUGCCAAGGACAAAUAUGUGACCAUCAAACAGAUGGACAGAGAAUGUCUGGAGGUGUUGCGUAGGCUGGAUGGCACCACACCCCACAUCGUUCAGUUCUUCUGGGUGAAGUCUGCUGUAAACCGUCAGGAGGAGCUGCAAGUGUGUGCUGCUUUUGAGCAAGGUGGCAGUCUGCAGAGCCUGCUUACAGACCAUGGUGGGUUGAAGACUGAAAGGAUAUGGAUGUACCUACAGCAGGUGUUGCAAGCUGUGAUCUACCUGCACAACCUGGACAUUGUGUACUUAGCUUGGACAGCUGACAACAUAGUCCUGGAUAGCAGCCAUCAGAUGGCCAAGCUGUCCAACCUCUCCUAUGCAGUUCAUCUGACUGAAGAGACAACUGAAGACGCCUGUGUACAGGCUGUCACUGGCCUUCCUCCUCAGAUUUUGGCACCAGAGGUGCAUGCUGACCUGUCAGCUUAUCAUCAGUCAGACAUAUGGGGCCUUGGCUGCCUGCUAUUCCAGCUGAGGGUGGGCAGGCUACCGUAUCCUCACCUCAGUCAUGACCACCCUGAGUCCAUCAGACAGAAGAUUGGUGAGGACAGAGAACUACCCAUGAUUCCACAGUCUUGGCAGGGACAGGAGAGGGAAGUGUUGGAGGCCUGCUGGCAGGAGGAAGCAACAUCAAGACCAUCUGCCCAGCAGCUCCAAGCCCUUGUUAAUAGAUAUUGCUAAGUUAUUAAGAAUGGGUUGAUUUAUUGAUUUGAUUUUGAGGGAAUUAUUGUGAAUUGAGGGAAUCAAGUGCAGAAUUCUCCCCCAUAGGCCUGCUGGUAGACAGGCGGGGGCUAAUAUGGGCAUAUUUUGCUGUUUUCUUUAAUUGUUGUCAAUUUGAAUAAUGAACUAAAUCUACAUGCUGUAAGAAAUUUUCCUAUGUGUUAUGACAUGUUGGCUUUGAAGGUGUGAGAGAACACAUUGUAUAUAAACUCAAAGUUAAAUUUAUUGUCAUGAAUAUGAUAUUGUGUUCAACAUGUGAUGUUGCUUGCAUAUUUCAAUAUUGCGUGCAUCCAGAACUAGAACCAGACACAGAGAGUGAACAAUAGAUGCUGAACAAGUAGAAGUUCUAGUAGAUUUUAAGAUCAAAUAGAGGUUACAUGUUAUAUUGUUUUAUUGAUGAGCAUUGCACC